AAAAUAUGAAAAAAGAAUUGGUUAUUGUAUUGUUGAUAAUGGGAUGUUUGGGAACAGAAUUUGAUGAUUAAAUAGCUGAACUUGAAGAAUCUUAAUUUGGAUAGACAAUAUUGUAAACAAUUUAGAUGGAGAUGUAAACAGAUGAUCCAGUUGUAUCAAAUUUGGUUGAUAUAAUGCAACAUUUAGAACAAACAUUAGAAGGUGAGUAGAAAAGAGAUGAUGAAAGAAUAGCAAGGUUCAAAUAAAACUGUGAUAUUGCUUUGAGUUAAUUGACAGAGAUAAUAAAUACAAGCACAGUCACAUCACUUACUUUAAAGAGUGAUUUAGAUUCAUUAAAUCCAUAGAAAGUAUAAGCAGUAGCUAGUUUAGAAAGAAAAAAUUUAGAAAUUGUAGAUUUGAAAGCAGAAUUAGAUUAUUAAACAUUAAAGAGAUAAAAGGAAUCAGCUACUUAUUAAACAAUUCUUGAUAAUCUUGAAUAAGCAUUAUUUGGAGUUAAUUAAGUUAAAGGAUACUUCAAUAAAUAUUUGGAUGUUUUAGUAAAGAAUAGAAAUAGAUUUUAAUAACCAUAACCAUCAUUCCUAUAAGAAGAUUACAAUUUCUAAUAUAAUGAUGAAGAUAUAUAAGAAGAUAUUGAUACUAAAGGAAUUUCUUCAUUUGCUUAAGUUGCUUCAAAAGUUAAUAAGUUAAAACAUCAUGUAAUUAACAAAACUAUUGAUAGGUUCAUUUAGAAGGUUAUAAAUCUAUGAUUGAAAUUUUGAGUUAAUUAGCUAGUUAAGCAUAAACUUCAGCUGAUGAACCUAGCUAAUGUGAAGUAUUAACAAGAAAAGUCUUAUCUAUUCUUAAAUAAAUUGAAAAUUACAUUCAAUCUGAAAGAAUAAGAGAAGAUUAAGCUGAAAAUCUUAGAUAAAGUUCAUUUGAAGAUUUAAGAACACUUUUAUCUGAUUAAUUGGUUAAAGCUAAUUAAGAUAAAACAUAUAUGGAAGGUAUCAAUUAAUAUAUUAAAUUUAGGAUUGAUUGAUUCCUUAUCUAAUAGAAUCUAAUAAGCUAAAAAUGAAAAAUUUGAAGUCGACUAAAAGAUUACCACUAAAUCUAAAGAAAAAGAAAAUAGAGAAAAUGAUUGUAGAUUAAAAAGAUAAGAAUAUGAAACUGAUACUUCUAGUAGGUAUUAUUUUUAUUUAUUCUAUAAGAAUUAAAUAAAAAAGAUCUGUUGCUGUAGCUGUUGAUUUGAUCUCUUCAAAAUUAGGAUAACUCAAGAGAAAAUUAAUUGCAAAUUGAUUAGAAUCAUUAUUAAAAUACAG